AAAUUAUGAUAAAAGCAGGGCCAACUUUCAAGUCUAAUAUAUAUGAUACAUAUGGCCUCUCAUAUUUUUUCUCUCUUUUUCUCCCGGUGUAUCAGAGGGCUGUUGCCUGGGACAUGCUAAAAGUGUAUGGUAGUUUUGUUGAUACUCAAGAAAAACGCAGGAUCGAGCGAUUGGAGUUGUUUGACGAAUUUGAAGAGUGGCACAUGAUGCAGGAACAUUACUGCGUCGCAUAUGCUGUCAAUGACGCAGUGGGAAUAUUUGGAGAUUUCGGUUUCACAAGAGAAGGGGGCAGUGAAAGUGAAAGCAUGAGCAUCUCAUCAGCAUCAUCACCCUGAAAAAGGAGGAGAGUUUUGUAUUGCAUGGGAUCCCCGGAAAUUGCUGCAACUGGUACAUUAGUUUAAACCUAUUUCUCAGUUGGUGGAAAACCCGUGGUGGUGGGUAGAGGAAUCUGAUGGUGCUUUACCAAAUUUGUUAGGAAUGACGAUGGCUUGGUUGGUUGUAGACGGAAUGUGAUUUGAUUGCACUUGCACACAGAGUCGAGUCCUAGAAAAGAGGCCUUUCUUUGGGUGUUUGAGCAGAUAAACAAAGGGGAAACACGAACUCUUGUCUGCAUUGUUUGAAAUAAGAAAUGCUGCUAUUUGAUUGAUGGACAUGUGAAUUAGUAAGGCCCAUUGGUUGCACUCUUUUACCCUUCGGGUUAUGUGGGCUGGGCCUUCAAACGUGUCUUCUUUGUUUAUUUUUUACAUAUGGUUGUGUAAAAACCAGGACAGCAGUUUCAGAAGGUCUUGUCUUGUGUGUACAACAAAGAAAGAAGAAACCUCGGUCAUGAAAACGCUCUCUGAAAUUUGUUUUUUUUUUAUUUUGAACUUCUUUCGGUGAAGCUGAAAAUAUUUAUAUU